AUGUUUAGAUUGAAUCUUUUUACAAAAAUAAAAACCAUCAACAAUUUCGAUACAAUAAAUUGCUUAAGAUACAAAUCUUCCAUUGUUUCUCAAAUCCCAACACCAUUUACAAAACAAACAAAUAUCAUGUAUAAGCCUGCCUACCCAUUAUCAAAUCCAAAGGAAGGAGAUCUUAAACCAACAGCUGGUAGAAGUGUACCUGUAACAAAUAAUAAUGUAUUACAAUCUUAUAGGCGUGUAAACACUAUACUAUUUCUUAAUAAAACAAGACUUGAGGUAAGAAGGAAUAGAUAUUAUGAAAAACCAACUGUAAAACGUAGACGAGUAACAAGAGAAAUUUCUGAACAACGGUUCAAAGAAGCUGUAAAGAAAAAAGUUUCAUUGAUUUUGCAAAUGAAACAAAGGUGUUGGGUAUGUGCAAAAGCAGCAGAUUUGAUUGAUCGAAGUGCAUUAUAUGGGUUAAAUAAACAUAUUAUCAUAAGUGAAUUAAAUAGAAUGUGGAAAAGAAUAGGCGAAGCAUACCAACCAGAAAUUCCAAAAAAGUUUUCAUCAUUUGAUGCAAUUUUUUACAACACAAAUCCAAAGCUUUCAAGUUUCGAAUUGUAUGAUGGUGUAAACAAGUCCGAUACAGUUGAUUUAUAUGCACAUUCAAGGUUAAUUAACUUCUUGGAGAGUAGCUAUGCCCCAGAUUUUUUUUACAAGCAAAAAAGAUAUAUUAGAUUUAACCACGCUCCAAUUAUUGUUAAUAUUCAAGAACCAAUUUUCUUACCUACACCAAAUAUUAUCUUAAUGUUAACUGUGCAUGAUGAAGAGUUGAUUGAACAUUUAUUUUUUGAUUCAUUGGCUAACAUAUCUUGUGAUAAUGAUAUUGAUGGCUCAAGAAUUUAUCAAUUUUGGGUUAAGGUAGUAUAUAUUGGAAAGAUUGAAGCUUCAAAUGUUGUAGGAUUUACGCACAAAAGACUUGUUCAUAUUUGUGAUGUCGAUGGUGCAACAACAGCAACAUUAAUAUUAUUUGAUGAGCAAGUACACAUAGCUGGUUUAUUCAAAGGUGGAGACUAUUUAGGUAUUAACAUGCCAUACGUUGAUCCAUUUCAAACAAAUGAUCGGGAAAUAUUCAUCCAAUAUGGAAACAUCACAAUGUUAUUUUGUCUGCCAAUGAGCGAAGUUUGUAAAAAUAUAAUCAAUUACGAAUUUUAUCCAAAAAGAAUUUACAUUGGCGAUUUACCACUAGGAUUAAACAUAACACUUUUUGGCAAAAUUGAAGAAAUAUUAGAUAAUUCACCUCUUUACUUGACGGAUGAUCAAACAAUUGAUAGAUGCGUAUUUAAAUUGAGUGAUGAUACUGGACAAGUAAAUAUAACAUUUAUCGGAGAUAUUGCAAGUAAUGUUAGUGAAGAUAAUAUUGGACAAUAUGUUGUAAUUAAUAACUUAAACAUAUACAAGAAAGAUGAUGUUAAUACAUUGGAGGUGCUUGGUGAUUCGUCAAUUGAUACAACAAUCACUAAUCCUACCGUCGAUGGACAGGCAAGUGUAGAUAGAGGCGAUCAUUUAACUUUGUUAGAUGAUACUAAUAGUUAUUGGUGGUUAGUUAAAGUGUUGAAAAGUGAAGAAGUUGGUUAUAUACCUGCUGAAAACAUUGAGACACCAUAUGAAAGACUGGCAAGAAUGAAUAAGCAUAAAAAUAUUGAUGUGAUUGUAGUUGAAAAUGUACAAAAAUCAGUAAUAGAUGAUAAUUUUAAUGUUGAUGUUCAAAUAAAAAAUAAAAAAGUACUAGAUAUGGAAGAGAAAGAGGAAAACGAAAAGGAAUUAGUAACAGAGGAUGAAAACCUUUCAAAUAUAAUAACAGAUAAAUCAAUGAACCACACAUCAAAUCCAGAACAAACUCAAUUGGAUUCCGUUUCUAAUACUAAUCAACAACAAUACACUCUACAAAAUAAUCAAGGCGAUAAUGGUAGCUUUGAUCUUAACAAUAUAUCUCAAAUGGUAUCAGAGCAUAAAACACCACAAAGAAAACCUACUGGUAUUAUUCCUCCUGUCGAUCAAAUCAAUCCCAACAAUAAUAAUUCUCCGCCACUUCCUGAUAUCUUUAACGAACCAAGCCAGACAAUAAAAGUGAGCCUUACACCUGUUCUAGAUGCUCUCGAAGAAUAUAAUAAAACAAUGGCCUUAAAAGUUCAAGAGGAGAAGAAGGCACUUAAAAAAGAAAAAGAAAAACCUGCAGGGUUAUUCAAGAAUUUACUUAAAAAAAUCUCUUCAAAGAAAAAAGAUGAUGAAAAUCUUAAAUUAGAAACAAUCCCACCAGCACCAUAUAAUCCAACAAACAAUUAUAACAACUACAUCCCUGAUCUCAACAAUCCUAUGAAUCCUAUGAAUAAUAAUGUCAGGCCUAAUUAUAUACCACCAACAAUAAAUCAAGGCCAAUACCUAAUGCAACAACAACCACCAACUCAUUUACAAAUGCAGCAACAGCAGGGAAUACAAAUGAAUCCACAACAAGGUUUUCAAAUAUCUCAACAGCAGCAGCAGCAACAACAAUUAUUUCAACAACCUGGUGUAUAUCCACAAGGUCAACAAAAUAAUUACAUGUCACUUGGCGAUUCCCAAAGACCUCCUGACAUUCAAACGCAAUACCAACAACUACAGCCUAAUUAUUCAAAUCAUAUUGUUCUAAUCAAUCAAACAACUACCACCACUAGCCUUAUUAAACAAGCAUUAAAUCGAUUUAAAAUUGACAAUGAAAAUAAUUUGGAUGAUUAUUACAUUACAAUAAAACGAAUUGAUGGAGAGGAAACAUAUUUGAUGCCACAUGAUCAUCCUCUUGAGGUAUUCCAAUCAUUAAAUUCACAUUCAACAGUUAUAUUACCAUCCAUAAACAGAAGCUCAGUAGCAUCAGUAUCUUCAACAUUUUCCAACAUAUCAAAUCAUCCGAUGGUAAAAAAUAUUGAAUCGAAUAAUAAUGAAAAGGCUGCUGCAGUCACAUUCUACCUAAAUAAAAAACUUGUUAAAAAUAUUAGAUCAUCCAUUAGUGAUAAGAAAUUACGUUUACAUGUUAUAAUAUAUGCGGAUGAUUUGCCAGCCCACCUACGUACAAAAAGUUCUUCAGCACCAAUACCAAGAACAUCCAUGUCAGUACCAAAACAUAUCGCUGAAAAAUCAGCUAGGAGACGUUCGCGUGAGGAAGGAAAGCCAAAGGAAAAACAUUUGAUUGUUAAUGGUUUGGCAACUGUUGGUGAUGUUAUAUUGAAGUCAAUGGAGAAAUUUGGUAUAGUUGAUGGUAUUAUUGAUGAUGGUGAACAUAUAGAAAGCAAUGAUGAUGAAAUACCACGUUAUAGACUAAUGCUUAACAUGGAAGGAAAUGAAAAAUUAUUACAUCCUAAAUCAGGAAUCCUAUCUGCAUAUCCAACGCUACCAAAUCUUAGGCAUUUAUCAAUUGAUUCCUUAGAUUCCAAUUCUUCACUUGCAUUAGAUUAUCUUCCAGAUGAACCCGUAUUUGUUCUACGUCUGUUAAAACCUGAGGAUCAUAGAAAUCGUGCAAUGCCAGAUAUCGCUGAUCCAAAAAAAUACAUGCAAAAAUCAUCAUCGGGAAAACAAAUGAAAAAGUCAAAUCAUGAACAACAACAGCAACAAACUUUGAACAGUUAUAACAAUAACAAUGAUGAUGAUGAACUACUAAAAAGAAAACAACUUAUUGAGAAGCAACGUGAAUAUAGUAGAGCCAAGCAAAAGUCUAUUGUAUCAGCCCAUAAAAAUGCAGAACACGGUGUUGAUAUUGUUACAAAUGAUGGGUCAAUUAGAAGUUCAAGGAUUUUUGGUGGGUCGAAAGUACGCUAUUCAUUUAUUUCGACUGAUGGUGAAGAGAUUGAUAUCAGUGAUAUUAUCGAAGAUAUUUUGGGUGACGAUGAUGAGCUUGUGAAACUUUAUAGAAAGAGUACCACCCAAGAUGUAGAUAUUUUGGUAAAGAUUGUUGACCGGGCUCAAAAUAAUGAUGGUGAUGAAGAGUCAAGUCAAUCAUUAGACAAGAUUGGUCGUGUAAUUGAAAAAGUGAAACUAAAUCCAUCAUAUAGGUUGAAAUCUGAAAAUCAAGAUACAGUAGGUGAUUUAGUGUACAAACCCAAUAAAGCACAACCAUUCCAACAAACAAAAACAAGAAGUAGCAAACAUCAUCAAAUGCCAUCAUCAUCAUCGUCUGUAUUAUCAAUUUCUGAAAUUGAUUUGGUGUUGUCGAAUGAUAUUGGUUUGAAAGAAUUGUUAAUACUUGUGAGAUCAGGUGUUAAUAUGUUGGAGUUGAAGGAGCGUAGGAAGAGUGGAUGGCAUUUAAAUGAAGAUCCUGAAAGAGUUUUGGAACAAAUUAAACCAACUGAAAUAAAAGAAGAAAUUAAAGAUGUUUUUGCUGACGUUAAUCAACAACUUGAUAAAAUAGAACAGGAUCUUGAUGAAUUAUUUGAUGAUUUACAGAGACGAAAACAUAACAUAAAUUCGAAUAGGAUUAAAGAAGAAGUGGACUCGCUCAAAGAAACAAUUGAAGAAGUUCUCAGCAUUGAAUUUCCAGUAAAGGCGCUAUAUGAUACUAUAUCAAUUUGUAGUCAACCAGAGGAUAUCUUGCUAAUCCACCACAUAGAAUUAACACCUGAUCCACCAAAAAAAGGUCAAGAAUUACGUGUUCAAGGCACUGGAUAUUUCAAAGAAACCGUUACUGAAGGUAGUUAUAUUAAUGUGGUGAUUAAAUAUGGAAUAAUGAAGAUUUAUGAAAUCCGGCUUGAUUUAUGUGAAAAAGCUCCCGAAGUUGAUGAAAAUUGUCCGAUUGAAAAAGGAAAUCAUACAGUUGACAAAUCGGUUGAAAUACCUGGGAAUGUUUUCCCCGUAAGUAUCAGCUUGCGAGCUUAUUAA